AGCCGGCGCGCAGCGGCAUUGUUGGCCUGAGCUCUCUCGAGUGUGGACGCGCCAUCAUGGACCUCAUCAAGGGAUACGUCAGUGACAACAGCACCACCUCGUCGAGCUCUUCAGACAGCAGCAGCAGUUCCUCGUCGAGCUCGUGCUCCACUUGCAGUGCGUCGUCAAGUUCAUGCUCUACCUGCAGUGCAUCGAGCUCCCCAGCGGCCAGCAGCAGCGGGGACACUCUAAGACUUGAUCAUAGCUCUCUUGUGCGUGAGCUGGACGCCAUGGACUUCUAUGUCGAAACAAUGUUCGAAAUGCGAUGUAAGCCGCGGUAAUGUGUUACCGUGUGGCUCUCUCUAAGAUCUCUCUCCGCGAAAAGAACACGAAACGACAUAGAGCUGUUUUAUUUCAGUCGAUCAUCAACCGCGUAGCCGCCCAAUGCGGCACGACUCGCGACAUUUUGCUGCCCAAUGCAGCCGGUUUGUAUUUUAAAGGUCGACCAGUUUUGAGGAACCACUCAACGAGUGCAACGCCCCACCUCGCAAUGAUGGACCAUUGCAGCAUCAAGCGUCCUUCGGCACUGAAGCUUGCGAUGGGUUUGAAGUUGAGCCAUGCGACAAUUUGUGUGACGAUAUGCCCUCGACGAGUGCCAUUGCUGUGCCAGACAUGCCAAUAUUGGAGGAUGUUGAUGAGGCGCCAUCGAUCGAGCCAUCGGUGCAUCAGCAAGUCGAGGUGAACGAGGUACCUGAAGCAUUCGCACCCCUGGAAGUCUUGGCUGCGGCGCAACAGGAAGCGGCCGAAGUUGAAGAGGCGUCAUCAACAAUACCAAUGGAAGUCUUUCGAAGACGUAAAACCAGGGUGCAAGCCCCACCAACCCCCGCGGCCAAGCGCCCCCUUGCUAGCGUGUCUGGACCAAGUUUCGUCGAGUCGACCCAGCGGCACCCCAUGGGGGUUGUCCCAAGUCCUGUGUUUCAUCUUCCACCCCCCCAACCACACAUGGUGGAGAUGAUUGACAAUAUUGACAUGAGGCAGAUUUUAAAUGCCAAGAGGGCCAAGAGGGCGAAGAUGGAAGGCACCAGUAAGAAGAGAGACGAAGAUCCUUUGUAAAUGCCUAUUUUGUAUUUUUUUUCUUAUUAAUCCUAAUUUUCUGUAUUUUCUACACUUGUGAUUUUCUCACUAAAUUUGUUCAAAGCAUUCCA